GUCCACUGCACAUGCUUUCUCGUUCACUCUGACACUCUCAGGGAUGAUGACGCCAAACAGAAGCAAUCUGUUUUGAACAUUGUAGGAGAGGAAAACUCAUGCUGUCUGUCUGUCACUGAUCAUCGUUUACAUGAAGAUAGAACAAGACUGGAUGAUCAGACAGCCUCAAGUCUGGUGUUUGUUGGUUGACUGGGGUUGGUAAGAAGACACCUUACUUUCAAGCACCCUGAUGGAGCUUCAAAGGGCUACCAGCAUGCCCGGACCCCUGUCCCCAGGACCUUUAUCUCCUGGACGCGUUUCUCCUGGGCAUCUCUCCCCUGAGCACCUGUCUCCAGGGCCAGGACCAUCAUACCAAGGCUCCGGUCCUGGACCCAGUUACGGCGCAGCUGCUUUUAACUAUAACCAGCUGGAGGGUCGAUUUAAGCAGCUGCAAGAUGAGCGCGAAGCUGUGCAGAAGAAGACCUUUACCAAAUGGGUGAACUCGCACCUGGCCCGAGUCUCCUGCCGCAUCACAGACCUCUACAUGGAUCUGAGGGAUGGCCGCAUGCUCAUUAAGCUCCUGGAGGUGCUGUCUGGAGAGAGACUGCCGAAGCCCACAAAAGGCCGUAUGAGAAUUCACUGUCUGGAGAACGUGGACAAAGCUCUGCAGUUCCUCAAAGAACAGCGUGUUCACCUCGAGAACAUGGGCUCUCAUGACAUUGUUGAUGGCAACCACCGCCUCACACUGGGCCUCAUCUGGACCAUCAUUCUGCGCUUCCAGAUUCAGGACAUUAGCGUGGAGACGGAAGACAGCAAGGAAAAGAAGUCUGCCAAGGAUGCACUGCUUCUCUGGUGUCAGAUGAAGACUGCAGGUUAUCCAAAUGUCAACAUUCACAAUUUCACCACGAGCUGGAGAGACGGCAUGGCCUUCAACGCCCUUAUUCACAAGCACAGGCCUGACCUGAUAGACUUUGACAAGCUGAAGAAAUCCAAUGCCCACUAUAAUUUGCAGAAUGCCUUUAACCUGGCUGAACAGCACUUGGGCCUCACAAAGCUGCUAGACCCUGAAGAUAUCAGCGUUGACCAUCCUGAUGAAAAGUCAAUCAUCACCUAUGUUGUCACUUACUAUCACUACUUCUCCAAGAUGAAGGCCCUGAAAGUGGAAGGCAAACGUAUUGGAAAGGUGCUAGAUAACGCUAUCGAGACCGAGAAGAUGAUUGAGAAGUACGAAUCCCUGGCCUCGGACCUGCUGGAGUGGAUUGAACAGACCAUCAUUAUCCUCAAUAAUCGCAAGUUUGCCAACUCUCUGGUUGGAGUGCAGCAGCAGCUUCAGGCCUUUAACACCUACAGAACAGUGGAGAAACCUCCUAAGUUUACAGAAAAAGGCAACCUGGAGGUCCUGCUGUUCACCAUUCAGAGCAAAAUGCGCGCCAACAAUCAGAAAGUCUACAUACCUCGAGAGGGAAAACUCAUAUCCGACAUCAACAAGGGAUGGGAGAGGUUGGAGAAGGCAGAGCAUGAGCGGGAACUGGCUCUGAGGACGGAGCUGAUUCGCCAGGAGAAGUUGGAGCAGCUCGCCCGCCGGUUCGACCGCAAGGCAGCGAUGAGGGAGACCUGGCUCAGCGAGAACCAGAGACUUGUCUCUCAGGACAACUUUGGUUUUGAUCUGCAAGCCGUGGAGGCGGCCACCAAGAAGCACGAAGCCAUCGAGACGGAUAUCGCUGCGUACGAGGAGCGUGUGCAGGUGGUAGUGGCUGUAGCCUCCGAGCUGGAGACCGAGAACUACCAUGACAUCAAACGCAUCACGGUCCGCAAAGACAAUGUUCUGCGGCUGUGGGACUACCUCUUGGAGCUCCUGAGAGCUCGACGCCAAAGACUGGAACUCAACCUGGGCCUGCAGAGAGUCUUCCAGGAGAUGCUCUACAUCAUGGACUGGAUGGAUGAGAUGAAGAUGCUGUUGUUGUCUCAGGACUAUGGAAAACAUCUGCUUGGUGUUGAGGACCUGCUACAGAAACACGCUCUGGUGGAGGCAGACAUUGCCAUACAGGCUGACCGUGUCAAAUCCGUCAACGCCAACGCUCAGAAGUUUGCUGACGAUUCUGAAGGCUAUAAGCCUUGUGACCCACAGGUGAUCCGUGACCGUGUGGCCCACAUGGAGUUCUGCUACCAGGAGCUGACACAGCUGGCAGCAGAGCGGUGCGCGCGUCUUGAAGAGUCACGUCGCCUCUGGAAAUUUUUCUGGGAGAUGGCUGAGGAGGAAGGCUGGAUCCGUGAGAAGGAGCAGAUUCUGUCAUCCGAUGACUGUGGAAAGGACCUGACAGGGGCACUGCGCCUGCUUAGCAAGCACAAGGCCUUUGAAGAUGAGAAGAGCGGGCGCGCCGGACACCUCCAGCAGACCGUGCACCAGGGCGAGGAGCUGGUAGCAGCUGGCCACUUCGGUGCAGACAAGAUCAGUCAGCGUAUCGCUGAUGUCCAGGGACAGUGGGUGGCACUGGAGCAGCUGUCAGCAGCACGCAAGGUCCGGCUUCAGGAGGCCUGUGCCCUGCACCAGUUCCAGGCUGACGCGGAUGACAUGGACGCCUGGAUGCUGGACGCGCUGCGCAUCGUGUCCAGCACUGACGUGGGGCAUGACGAGUUCUCGGCACAGGCAUUAGUUAAGAAGCACAAGGACGUAGCCGAAGAGAUUGCUAGCUAUAGACCAGUGCUGGAUGCCCUUCAUGAGCAGACCAAAGCGCUACCUGAAGAACAGGCACGCUUAGCAGAUGCCAGUGGACGUCUAUCAGGCAUCGAGGAACGAUAUAAGGAGGUGGUUGAACUGACCAGGCUGAGAAAGCAGGCACUGCAGGACGCACUGGCAUUGUACAAGAUGUUGAGCGAGGCAGAUGCCUGUGAGUUGUGGAUCGACGAAAAGGAGCAAUGGUUGAAUGGAAUGGAAAUCCCAGAGAAACUGGAGGAUUUGGAGGUGAUUCAGCACAGAUUUGAGAGUCUGGAGCCAGAGAUUAACAGCCAGGCUUCUCGGGUGGCUGUAGUGAACCAGAUUGCCCGCCAGCUUAUCCACAGUGGGCACCCGAGUGAGAAAGAGAUCAAAGCCCAGCAGGACAAGCUCAACACCAGGUGGAGCCAGUAUCGUGAUCUGGUAGAUCGGAAGAAGGAUGCUCUGAACUCAGCUCUGGGAGUGCAAAACUACUACCUUGAAUGCAAUGAGACCAAAUCCUGGAUUCGCGAAAAGACCAAGGUGAUCGAGUCCACACAGGAUCUGGGCAACGAUCUGGCUGGCGUCAUGGCACUUCAGCGCAAGCUGACUGGCAUGGAGCGAGACCUAGUUGCUAUCGAGGAUAAACUGGGUGAUCUGGGGAAGGAAGCUGACCGAUUGGCCGAAGAGCAUCCAGACCAGGCUCCUGGCAUCAAGGGCCAUUUGGGGGAGAUCAAAGACGUGUGGGAGGAGAUGAAGGGAACCAUGCAUGCUCGAGAAGAGUCCCUGGGUGAAGCCAGCAAGCUCCAGCAGUUCCUCAGGGAGCUGGAUGACUUCCAGGUGUGGCUGUCACGUACCCAGACUGCUGUGGCUUCAGAGGACAUGCCCAACACUCUGACCGAGGCUGAAAAGCUUUUGGCGCAGCAUGAGGGAAUCAAAAACGAGAUUCGUAACUACAAGGACGACUACCAGAAGAUGCGCGACAUGGGCGAGACCGUGACCCGGGGCCAGACGGAUGCCCAGUACAUGUUCCUGAGUCAGAGGCUGCAAGCGCUGGAUACUGGCUGGAACGAGCUCCAGAAGAUGUGGGAGAACAGACAGAAACAUCUGUCGCAGUCUCAUGCCUACCAGCUCUUCCUCCGGGAUACCAAGCAGGCCGAGGCUUUCUUGAACAAUCAGGAAUAUGUAUUGGCCCACACGGAGAUGCCAGCUACCCUUGAAGGAGCAGAAGGGGCCAUCAAGAAGCAGGAGGACUUCAUGACUACUAUGGACGCCAACGAGGAAAAGAUUAAUGGCGUGGUGGAGACGGGCCGCAGGCUGGUCAGUGACGGGAACAUUAGCGCUGAACGUAUCCAAGAGAAAGUGAUGUCUAUUGAGGAAAGGCAUAAGAAGAAUCGUGAGGCAGCCAGUGAGCUUCUCACAAAGCUGAAAGACAACAGAGAUCUCCAGAGGUUCCUCCAGGACUGUCAGGAGUUGUCCCUGUGGAUCAGCGAGAAGAUGUUAACAGCACAGGACAUGUCCUAUGAUGAAGCACGCAACCUGCACAGCAAGUGGCUCAAACACCAGGCCUUCAUGGCAGAACUGCAGUCCAACAAAGAGUGGCUGGAGAAAAUUCAGAAGGAUGGCACAGCACUGGUGGCUGAGAAGCCAGAGACUGAGGUGGUGGUAAAGGAGAAACUGGAGUCUCUGAAGAAGACGUGGGAUGAGCUGGAGUCAACAACCCAGACCAAGGCCCAGUGCCUGUUUGACGCCAACAAGGCUGAGCUGUUCACACAGAGCUGUGCUGACCUGGAUAAGUGGCUCUCUGGCCUUGAAGGUCAGAUACAGUCAGAUGACUUCGGCAAAGACCUGACCAGUGUCAACAUCUUGUUGAAGAAACAGCAGAUGCUAGAAAGCCAGGUGGAAGUGCGGCAGAAGGAGGUGGAGGAGCUGCGUACACAAGCCCAAGCACUCAGCCAGGAGGGCAAAGGGUCAGACGAGGUGGACGGCCUGCGCUGUGGCGUGGAGAAGAAGUUCCACGAGCUGCAGGAGCCACUGAAGAAACGGCGGAGCAACUUGAUGGCCUCGCGCGAGAUCCACCAAUUCAACCGCGAUGUGGAGGAUGAGAUUCUCUGGGUUGAGGAGAGAAUGCCAAUGGCCACAUCUACAGAACAUGGCAAUAAUUUACAAACUGUUCAGCUGCUCAUUAAGAAGAACCAGACCCUUCAGAAGGAGAUCCAGGGUCACCAGCCACGUUAUGAUGACAUUUUUGAGAGGAGCACGCACAUCCUGAAGGAAAACAGUCCUGUCAGUGCAACAAUCCGCCAGCGGUUAGACGAGCUAAAGCGACUCUGGCGCUUGAUCCAGGAGGAAGUAGAAAAACGGCACAGACGCCUCGAGGAAGCACACAAAGCCCAGCAAUACUACUUUGAUGCAGCAGAGGCUGAGGCCUGGAUGAGCGAGCAGGAGCUGUACAUGAUGUCAGAAGAAAAGGCAAAGGAUGAGCAGAGCUCUGUGGCGAUGCUAAAGAAACACCAGAUCCUGGAGCAGGCAGUGGAGGACUACGCUGAGACUGUGCACCAACUCUCUCAAACCAGCAGGGCCUUAGUGGCUGCCGGACACCCAGAGAGUGAGAGAAUCAGCAUGCGACAGUCUCAAGUGGAUAAGCUGUAUGCUGGUCUGAAGGACCUGUCUGAAGAAAGACGUGGAAAGCUUGACGAGAGAUCCUGCCUGUUCCAGCUGAACCGUGAGGUGGAUGAUUUAGAGCAGUGGAUUGCGGAGAGGGAGGUGGUGGCGGGUUCUCAUGAGCUUGGCCAGGAUUACGAGCAUGUCACUAUGCUACAGGAGCGUUUCCGAGAGUUUGCCCGUGACACAGGCAACAUCGGCCAGGAGCGUGCUGACGCAGUCAACAAAAUGGCAGACGAACUGAUCAAUUCGGGUCACGCAGACGCCGCCACCAUCGCCGAGUGGAAGGAUGGGCUCAACGAGGCUUGGGCUGACCUGCUGGAGUUGAUCGACACUCGCACGCAGAUCCUGGCUGCCUCCUAUGAGCUGCACAAGUUCUACCAUGAUGCCAAGGAGGUGCUUGGACGUAUCCUAGACAAAAACAAGAAGCUCCCAGAAGAGCUGGGCAGAGACCAGAACACCGUCGAGGCACUGCAGAGAAUGCACACCACCUUUGAACACGACAUACAGGCUUUGGGAACGCAGGUUAAGCAGCUGCAGGAGGAUGCAGCCCGUUUGCAGUCAGCCUACGCAGGAGAUAAGGCUGAGGAUAUCCAGAGGCGUGAGGCAGAGGUCCUGGAGGCCUGGCGUUCUCUGCUGGAAGCGUGCGACGGACGCCGUGUGCGUCUAAUCGACACUAACGACAAAUUCCGCUUCUUUAGCAUGGUGCGUGAUCUGCUGCUUUGGAUGGAGGAUGUCAUCCGGCUCAUUGAUGCGCAGGAGAAACCAAGGGACGUUUCAUCCGUGGAGCUUUUAAUGAACAAUCACCAAGGCAUCAAGGCUGAGAUCGAUGCUCGCAAUGACAGCUUCACCUCCUGCGUCGAGUUGGGAAAAACUCUACUUUCACGAAAACACUACGCUUCUGAAGAGAUCAAAGAAAGGUUACUCCAGCUAACAGACAAGAGGAAAGAGAUGAUUGACAAGUGGGAGGACCGAUGGGAAUGGCUGCGAUUGGUUCUGGAGGUGCAUCAGUUCUCACGGGAUGCGGGUGUGGCUGAGGCGUGGCUGCUGGGCCAGGAGCCAUACCUGUCCAGUCGAGAGGUGGGUCAGAGUGUGGAUGAGGUGGAGAAGCUCAUCAAGAGGCAUGAGGCUUUCGAGAAGUCGGCUGCCACUUGGGAGGAGCGUUUUGCCGCUCUGGAGAGACUUACCACGAUGGAAUUACUGGAAGUGAGAAGACAGCAAGAGGAAGAGGAAAGGAAGAGACAGGCCCAACCUGUAGAAGCUCCGCCUACUGAGACAGCAUCACCACAGCAGAGAGAGAGUGAACAGGUAUCUCAGAAUGGGCCGCCACCAGAGCAGGACUCUCCCCGGGAGGACACAGGAGGAAGUGAUGUCGUUAAUGGGGUGGCAGAGUCCAGUCCAGGCUCCUCCCCAACAGGAAGCCGCAAGAGGAAACCGGGUCAAGCUGCGACACUACCAACCAAGUCCCAGGAUACAGCUGCACCACAGAUCGAGGGCUUCCUGAACCGCAAGCAUGAGUGGGAGGGACACAACAAGAAAGCAUCCAAUAGAUCUUGGCACAAUGUCUACUGUGUGAUUAAUAACCAAGAGCUGGGCUUUUACAAAGACAGCAAAAGUGCUAGUCAGGGAAUCCCAUACCAUGGCGAAGUUCCCAUUAGUCUGAAGGAAUCCACAUGCGAGGUUGCCCUUGACUACAAGAAGAAGAAACAUGUUUUCAAACUCAAAAUUUCGAAUGGGAAUGAGUAUCUCUUCCAAGCCAAAGAUGAUGAGGAGAUGAACUCAUGGAUCCAGGCGAUCUCAUGCAAGACACCCUCGGAGAUCAGCAGCCAUAGCACUCCUGCCUCAGCACGCACCCAAACCCUGCCCACCUCUGGAAGCAUGGGUGCCGAGUCCAGCCCUGGCAAGAAGGAGAAAGACAAAGAGAAGCGCUUCAGCCUCUUCAAGAAGAAAUAGAUUUUUCCUAGCAGUUUUAUUUUAAUUUGUUUGAUUUUCAUCCUCUUCCUGAUGCGGAACACCACGCAAAAGCUCAGAGACAAAAGUCCACACUUGGUGCCUGAGGCUCCUCUGAGUAGACUUUUUUUGUUUUGUCUUGUUUUGUUCACCCACCCAUUUUUGGUUUAAAAGGAAGGAGCUGGAGAAUAUUUUAGGAUUCUUAGGUUAUGAGGUGCUUUGAGCAGUCAUUUGUAAAUCAUUCUUGAGUCUCAGAGACAAUUUAUUAUAAUUAAUAAGAUUUCUUUCCAUGUAUCAUCUCUUCUUUCUUUGGACUUGCUUUAGUGCAAUUAUGUCUUGCUAGGUUUUUUUCCCCCCUCUCUCUCGUUUUGUAAAUGCGUGAUGUAUGUAGGAUCUGCCCUCAGUUUUGUGAGGUGUUUACUGAUGGAGGGCAGUGGUGCUUUAGACUCCGUUGAGUUGUUAACCUGCUGGUGAAUUUACAUUACUAAUAAAAGCAUUAGUCAUUAUAAGUUUCCUUAAAAGGCAGUCUCUAAUAAAGAGCUUAUUAUGAAGCAAAUGCGUCUCAAUGCAAACCCACAAAAUCGUGGCUAAUAUUUGCUUUUGCUGAAAUGUUUGAUAUGUUAAUGAUACGUGAAUGGUCAGAAUGUUGGCUACGUAUGAAGGAAUACUUUUAUCAAGGAUAAAAAACUUUUUUAAAAAUAGUUUUUUCUUCUUGUACUUGAGUUGCAAUAUAUUGUAUGUUUAAAGAUUAUUUAGAGUAAAAUAUGAAAAUAGAUGUACUGUAACUCCUAAAAAGCGUCAUUUGUUAAGUAUAGAAAUGGAUUGUGUUAUUUCUGGGGGAGGAAAAAAAAAAAAGAAAUCAUAUGACUGAAAAAACAGCCGCUUGCUUGUUGGCUAUAGCACCAUGUGUUCUCAUUUUGCUACUUUCUCUGGCUACCUGAUAAAUAGUGCGCAAUCUGUCAGUGUAACUAUUGUAACAAUACCUUCAUCGUUAUUGCACAAUCAGAAUAAUGCCAUAUUGCCUCUGGGGCUUGCUGGUUCUCAUGUAAAAUGUGGACCCAGACCUCAUGUGGAUGGAUCUACACCUGUAGCCUUUUAGCCUAUCUGUUAUAAAUAUGUGCAAAGUCAUUAAAAAUGCUUUUGAAAUUAAAA